UUUUGUAAUCUUGCCACUCAAUGGCCUCCUUAUCAUCAAUUGCAUCGCCUCCAUCACUCUCCUCCGCACACCACAAUGCAUCCACGCGCCUUAUCCUACGCACUCCGAACUCCCUUAAACUGCGCACCAGACCUAACUCUCUCCGCGUUCGAGCCAUAACCCUAACCCAAGACGACCUCAAGAAGCUCGCCGCCGACAAGGCCGUCGAGUCCGUCAAGAGCGGCAUGGUCCUCGGCCUCGGCACUGGCUCCACCGCCGCCUUCGUCGUCGCCAAACUCGGCCAACUCCUCUCCUCCGGCGAACUCUCCGACAUCAUCGGCGUCCCAACCUCAAAGCGCACGGAGGAGCAGGCUCGCUCCCUCGGCAUCCCUCUCUCCGUCCUCGAUGACAAUCCUCGCCUGGAUCUGGCCAUCGACGGCGCCGACGAGGUGGACCCCGACCUCAACCUGGUGAAAGGGCGCGGUGGAGCGCUUCUCCGUGAGAAGAUGGUGGAGGCGGCGUCCGACAGGUUCGUGGUGGUUGUGGACGACACGAAGCUGGUGGAGGGGCUCGGGGGGAGCGGGCUGGCGAUGCCGGUGGAGGUGGUUCAGUUCUGUUGGAAGUACAAUUUGGUGAGGUUACAGGAACUGUUCAAGGAAGAAGGUUGCGAUGCCAAAUUGAGAUUGGAUGAGAGUGGGAAACCUUACGUCACCGAUAAUUCGAAUUACAUAGUGGAUUUGUACUUCAAAACUCCAAUCAGAGAUGCCUUGGCCGCAGGCUCUGAGAUUUCGGCUCUGGAAGGCGUUGUGGAGCAUGGCUUGUUCUUGAACAUGGCUACCUCUGUUAUCAUUGCUACUAAGUCCGGUGUUGAAGUCAAGAACAAGUGAUAUUCGCUCAUCUCAACGGUCAAAUCAUAAUUUCGAUUUUUUCAAUGUUGACGGUGUAUUAUGAUUUUUUCUUGUUUUGGGAGGAAUGAUAUUAAUCAUGAUGAUUGCGUCUAUUUGUAUGGUCAUUUGUAAUUAAACUAUAAGAUUAAUGAAUGAAAGAGGUAGCAACUUCAAUCUCACCUUCCUCAACUGUACAUGUUUGUUCUGUUCUUCAUGCUGGAUUGAGGGUAAUACCAAGCUACAAUGCAUUUCAUUUU